AUGACAGUGGCAACAACACUCAUAAUUGGCGCGACCGGCAACACCGGCAAGAGCGUAGUAAACACACUGAGCAAGCUGAGCAACACAACAAUAAUCGCACUCACACGCUCACUGAACAACCCAAUCGCAAAGGACCUGGAAAAACUGCCAAACACCCAAGUAAUUGAGAAGGACUGGACGACCGUUGAUGUGGAUUUCUUCAAGUCUCAUAACAUCCAAAAGGUAUUUGUGGCUUCUCAUAACCUGCCAUCACAUUUUACGGACGAAUCGCUCUUGUACACUGCAGCGCUACACGCAGGAGUGAAGUAUGUGGUGAGGAUAUCGACGUUUGUUCAUUUUAUAGGACCAGCGAGUCCAAUUUACUACGGGAGGAACCACUGGGCGAUAGAGAACCUGCUCAGCCAACCUGAGUUCAAGGAGUUGCAGUGGACAUCCCUCCAACCCAACUUUUUCGGGAACACAUUCCUGGUCACAGCGGCACUCUGGUUAAACAAGUACAAGGAAACAGGCGAGAAGGAUACGCUCAAGGUGAUGCUGGAUGAGAAGGAACCAGUUGCGAUGAUAGAUCCAGAUGACGUCGGUGUUUUUGCAGGACAUUUGCUCAAUAGCAGCGACUACACGCAACACAACCACGCCAAAUACGUGCUUGCAGGACCGGAGAAUGAGAAUGGAAGGUCAGUUGUGGAGGCAGUGGAGCAGCUUGCCAAGACCAAGGUCGACAAGGUCGAAUACAGGUGCGACGACUGGCUGGAAAUGCUGCCAUCUAUGGGAUAUGCGAAGAAUGUGAUGCCAUCGAUCGCAAAAAGCAGCUCAUUGUUCUUGUGGACGGGUAGAGGGUCGGUGGAGAGCUCGCCAAACAGUAAAGAGGUAACAGAAAUCGCACCACCUAAGACUCGGAUCGGUGAAAAUUUGAUCAAACUGUGUGAAUCGAUGGGGGCUUGA